GAGGGCCACUUGCCGCAGUACUGAUACUGUCCUCCCCCUUUACCAGUUUACCACCAUUUAUAUCCAGAGAUGUCUUUGAUACACGCUCUCGUUGCCCAAGGAGACACUAUCCUUGCGGAGCAUCAGGCUGGCCAGCGAGAUUUCUCGCAAGCCACGCAGACCAUCCUAUCGAGGAUAGGGCCGGGUAAUUCAAAGAUGACCUAUGUUUGGGAGCAGUACCUGUUCCAUUAUAUUGCGGAGGGAGGAUUCAUCUUUCUGACCAUGGCAGAUGACUCUGCCGGAAGACGGAUGCCAUUUACAUUCCUCGGCGACCUGCAACGAAAGUUUGCAUCUACCUCCUCGUCAUCAUCAAUCCCUCACUCUCCACACGCCCUCCAACACACAUUUGGGCCCACCAUCUCCCAGCUCAUGUACACCUACAACACCAACCCUCCAACCGACGAGCUGGCCCGCGCGCAGAACGAGCUCGACCAGGUCAAGAACAUCAUGGUGCAGAACGUUGAGCAGAUCCUUAGUCGAGGAGAGAGGAUCGAGUUGUUGGUAGAUAAGACGGAUAACAUGGCGAGUCAGGCAACGGCGUUUAGGAGAGGGGCAAGGACUGUGAGGAGACAGAUGUGGUGGAAGAAUAAGAGGGUGGUUGCGCUCGGAGUUUUGGUGGCCUUGGUGCUCGUAUGGGUUCUUGCAGCCCAGUUCUGCGGCGCUGGAUUGAACCAGUGCAGUUCCAAAUCCUAAACGGGACGCCUUUGCCCUAUAGCCGACCUAUGCAUCCCCUCAUCGUCUUCUCUGCGUCUCUUCUCCCUCUGCUUCCAAUCUUACAUGUGAGAUUAUCCUUGCCGAUACACGGCUGCCUCUGUAAUAUAGUAACCUGUUUUGCUUACAUUGUGACCGUUGGAUGUUGACUCUGUAUUUUCUUCCCUACCUGG